CAAGGGGGAGGGAUACUGAGAGGAGUGGUGUGAGUAGUAGAUCUGUACCAGUAGAGGGUUAGGCCAGCAAGUGAUAUGUUUCAGUAAGAAUGGAUUUUUAGCAUUUAUAGCAAUGGUAAUCAACUGUACUGCAGGGAUAGAACCUAACUUGCAGAAAUGGAGGUUGUGGUGGCAGCUGCAGAGAGGUAUUUGGGUGUGCGAGACUUGACAUCAGAAGAGUUACAAGGUGGGUUAAGUGGUGAUGUCCCAUCCUUUCAGGUUGUUGACAUGAGGUAGGACUAAAUAGAUUUAAGUAGUGGAUUAGGGUGGUGUUAUUUUAAUUUAAUUUAUUUGUUGAUUUUUUUGUGAAUGUAGUUAGAUGGUGGGGUAUUUUUAUUUUUCAAGCAAAGUAUAAGGGAGUUGUACUCCAGUCUAGUAGGUGGCAGUAAUACAACAUAUUGGGCUCCCGAGUGACACAGCGGUCUAAGGCACUGCAUCUCAGUGCAAGAGGCGUCACUAUCUGUUUUAAAUCCAGUCUGUAUCCCAUCCGGCCGUGAUUGGGAGUCCCAUAAGGCGGUGCACAAUUGUCACAGCGUUGUCUGGGUUUGGCCGUCAUUGUAAAUAAGAAUUUGCUCUUAACUGACUUGCCUAGUUAAAUAAAGGUUACAUUUAAAAUGUAAAAAAAUAUUGGAUGCCAACCGCAGUUAAACCUCAUCGAAGGGGAGGCCGUGAAUGGCCUCACACUCCAGUACAGUAGGUGGCGUUGUAUGCACGUCGCGGUUGCGAUCCGCCAAUACUAAUUUAGAGAAGAAGUGAACCGUGACCAAGAAUCAUUUCAACGUUAGCUUUGUGUUAUUUAGACGUUUAUUAAUACUCUGGAACUCAAACUAUGACUAAUUUAAUUGUACAACAUCACACGUUUACCUCAUGUAUUAUUUAAUUCGCGUUGGAGACAGGACUUGGUUGAUAUACGUUAUCUAGGUAACGUUAACUAGCCGCUAACAUGGCUAACUGUAUGGUUUUUCAUACUCAAAUAGCCUCCAUCAUGGAGGUGCUAGCGAAUGCAGCCGUGGCAGAUAUCUGUAAACUCGUAGACGACGACUAUGCAGUGUUUCGUUUGGAAAUGACUCAAAGCCAGAAAGAAAACCGAGCAUUGCGGAGGAAACUUCAGCUACUGGAACUGAAGGUGGCACGGGACCGCGUCCUCGCCAGUCGUCCCAGUAGUGUCAAGAUCCUCGACCGAAACAGAGGAAUGGCAAGAGGACAUCUCACUGGAGGCCAUAGGAGCUUUGUAAAGCCAGCAGGACACAAUACAUGGAGAGAUGACCAACCAAUCACUGUUGAUGAGGGUAGUGGAACCUCAACCCAUCAUGUUAUUGUGAUAGAGUCUGUAGAUGCUGAGGAUGCAGGGCCUGGGGUCAAGCUGGAGAGGUCUGAAGGAGAGGACCCAGGGCAAAGCACAGACAUCCAGGCUGGAGUGCUCGCUGUAGCCACGGAGGACCCCACCCCCACGCCGCCCAGAACCCGACGCAGCAUCACGGAGGUCAGUGGAACGCCGAACGCUGUCCUCAAGUCCGAGACAGACACUGAGACCUUAACUGUAGCACACAGGCUUUUACACACAGGAUCUGGCCACAGAUCCGAUCCAGAGAGACUGGGGCCACCGGGCUGUCCUCCUGCUCCUGGCACAGAGUAUUUACCGGUAUUUCACCAGAGCCAGAAGACGGUUAAUUCCUGUGGAAAUACUGAUGGUGAUGCGUUAGACUCUGGUGGUGAUGAUCUGUCUUGUUUUUACACUACAGAGAUGGACUCUGGCAACAUAUCCUUGGGUUUAGAGACACAGACUGAUCUGUCUAGAGGGGACUGGAACCAGUACAGUAGUAGUGUAUACUCUGAAGGGUGCCUAGAUAAGAAAGGGGAGGUCAUAGCGGUAGAUGAUGUGACUGUCAAAGUGGAGGGCGACACUCCUCUUACAUGGAAUGCAGACGAGACUCACUUAGGAGAAGGACACUCACAAGAUUUCUUAGAUUACAGUGAAAGCUUAGAGACAAAUCCAAAUGUCUCGAGCCACUCCCCUGUACGCACACUCAGGGAUCGGGCCCCAGUGUCCACGUCGAAGGGGCCUUCCGAUUCACACUGCCGAGUCCUUUUCGAUCAGGUAUCGAACUCAAACGACAGGGCUAGAGCCCAGACUCAGGGAGGGGGAAACACAUCAGGCAGUAGUAAAGAGAAACGCUUCCUCUGCAUGUUCUGUAGCAAAGGCUUCAGCUGCCUCCAGAAAGUGGAGAUCCACCAGAGGGUCCACACAGGGGUGAAACCCUUCAGCUGUACCCAGUGUGAUAUGCGCUUCGCUGAGGCUGGCAGCCUGAAGAGGCACCAGAGGGUCCACACAGGGGAGAAACCCUACAGCUGCCCCCAGUGUCACAUGCGCUUUACCCAGGCUGGCAGCCUGAAGAGACACCUGAAGGUCCACAUGGGAGAAAGGCUGUUCGUCUGAGGUUCUCAGAGAGGAGCUACCUCAGGAUACCCCAGCAGAAAAACGAUUCCACUUUAUAGCGUAUUGAGUUUAUAUCAAACCAUGCUAAGAUUACUUUUCAUUGUAGUGGGCAGAAAAGAUCCACGGAUGCAUUUUGAAUUACGAGAGUAAAAGAUUUCAGUGUUGAAUAUUCCUGGGUAGAAUAUUGCAUCCAGACAUUGUGUGAUAUACACUGAGUGUACAAAACAUUAUGGACACAUCGCUAAUAUUGAAUUGCACCCCCGCUUUUGCCCUCAAAACAACCUCAAUUUGUCGGGACGUGCACUCGAAAGCGUUCCACACGGAUGCUGGCCCAUGUUGACUCCAAUGCUUCCCACAGUUGCGUCAAGUUGGCUGGAUGUCUUUUGGGUGGUGGACCAUUCGUGAUACACACGGAUAACUGUUGAGCGUGAAAGACCCAGCAGCGUUGCGGUUCUUGACACAAACCGCUGCGCCUGGCACUUGCUACCAUACCUCCUUCAAAGGCACUUACAUCUUUUGUCUUUCCCAUUCACCCUCUGAAUGGCACACACACAAUCCAUGUCUCAAGGCUUAAAAAUCCUUCUUUAACCUGUCUCCUCCUCUCCAUCUACAAUGAUUUGAAGUGGGGUUAACAGGUGACAUCAAUAAGAGAUCAUAGCUUUCACCUUGUUUCACCUGGUCAGUCUGUCAUGGAAAGAGCAGGUGUUAAUGUUUUGUACACUCCGUGUAUAAAGCACAUAAGCCUAAAAGGUCUGUUACAUAUUGUGUUUGUACUGUGUAGGCUAUGUGAUGUUCACAAAUGCCUAUUUCAUUACAUUCAUUGAACUGCUUUCCCAAGACACUUUUAAUGAGGAAAUUAAUGCAAUUUAUUAAGUUCAUGUAGAUUUUUAGUUGAUGUGUAUGUAUAAUAUAAUAAUAAUAAUAUAUGCCAUUUAGCAGACGCUUUUAUCCAAAGCGACUUACAGUCAUGUGUGCAUACAUUCUACGUAUGAGUGGUCCCGGGAUCGAACCCACUACCCUGGCGUUACAAGCGCCAUGCUCUACCAACUGAGCUACAGAAGGACCACAUGGUUUUCAUAUGCUCUAUUUAACACUUAUGUUUAAUAAACAUAACAUUUUACUUCAAGGCUAUCUUUGAGACUUUUUUAGUAUACAUCACAUCUGAUCUCACCCUAUUCUGCAUAAACAGAACUUUAUAACAUUUACAUUUACAUUUAAGUCAUUUAGCAGACGCUCUUAUCCAGAGCGACUUACAAAUUGGUGCAUUCACC